AUGGCAUCAACAGUUGGCGGGAAUUUUCUUCCGCAAACAGAAUACGAUCUCUCUCUAAAUUUGGCUGCCUCUGCCGGCACAACGGAGGUGGGGGAUUAUCCAGUAAAUGGCGAUGCCUUCCAGCUAACUGCAAAGGCGGCUACUGAUUUCAACUCCCAACCGAAGAAGAAGAAAUUAAAUAAUCCCAGCUGCGGAGAUGCCUCAGGCUCCGGUGCCGCCGUAUCUUCGUCACGGACGGUGAACUCCUCUGGCCAAACGAAUGCUCAAAAGCCAAAGCGCGUCAGGACAGGUUGUCUGACGUGUAGGGAACGGCAUCUGAAAUGUGACGAGGCGCUUCCUCGUUGUCAAAACUGCCAAAAGUCUGACCGGCUGUGUAAGCGUGGGGUUCGACUGAACUUCAUCGACACUCAUGUUGCUGCACCUCCGUACGCAGCGCCUUUCGCCCACGACUGGCAGGUCAACUUCCAUGAUGAAUCCCGGGAGAUUGCCUCGGAAUAUAAAGGUGGCUUUGAACGGUAUCCCCGAGUCGAGAGGAAUGAUCCCCCACCUCGAAAACCUGCGCCUCCCCCGUCGUCGUACAAUUUCCCUGAUAUCAUGGGAGCCCCGUCACUUUCGCAUCAGAAUCUCUCUCUGCCGAGUGUUACCCCCCUCCUUUCUAAUUAUCCCGAGCCUCCGCAGCCGGAAAUGACUGAGGCGAUAUUCCAACAUGCCUCACAACCUCAUCACGCUAACUCUACGUUUUCUGAUAACUCCCUAUCGCAUUCUCCAUUUAAUUCCCCGAAGCCCAGUUUGGUGUCCUCAGAAAAUGUUAGACCUUACCUGGAUAACGCUGAGGAGGUGCUGCUCAUGCAAGUUUUCGUGGAGGAAGUUGGGCUGUGGAUGGACUCAAUGGACUCGAUGAAACAUUUUUCUCAUAUUCUGCCAUUUCAUGCUCUCCAAGAGCCGAUGCUUUUGAGUGCGUUCAUGGCAUGCGGCGCCCGGCACUUGUUUCUAGUAAAUCCAUCAUAUGGCGAAGAAAAGGCUCUGUACUAUUACAACGCUUCUACGCGUGAUCUUCUUACCUGUUUGCAAAACCCCAAUCGCAAUGCUGUCCUAUGUGCUACGACAGCUGUAAUUCUUAACGUUUACGAAAUAAUGUGUGAAAAGGCCAUGCAGCGGAUGAACCAUAUCGCCGGUGCCCGCGCUCUCAUCAAGGAAUGCCGAUGGAAUGCCAAAAGCAUCGGGAUAGGGGGCGCCUGCUUUUGGCUCAAUGUUGGCAUGGAGCUGCUGAGCUGCCUUCAUUUCAAUUGGAGGAUGGCAUGGGAUCCGGACACGUGGGAUGUGGAUAUGAACAUGGGGGCGUCGCAGAAUAGCAUCACGGGCGACGAGGAGUUGUGGACACAUCGGAUGGUAUAUAUCUGUGCGAAAAUUGGGAAUUUUCGAUCCACGAUUCCGCAGUUCCAGAAUCCAGAUCGGGCUGCGCAUGACAUGCGGCUGAAUCAACGGAUACAGGAAUGGAAUACAUACAAGGGGUGGUGUGACGAGUGGGCAAGAUGUGUGCCACGCUCGAUGCUGCCGCUCGGUUAUCUGCAGACUUGGCAGACGAAUUCUAAGUCGUCAUUCCCGGAGGUUUGGCUCAUCAAGCGUACCGCCGUGGUAGCUAGGUUGUUUUAUCACACAGCCUGCUGCCUGCUUGCCCAGGUCCAUCCCACUGAAUCCGAGUUCAGUGAGAAUAUGAUGGCCAUGCAGCAGAGCCACGCUCAUGAUAUCUGCGGUAUUGUGGCGCAUGUGAAAGAUAGAGGCGUCGCCAGCGUUUCUCUCCGCUGCCUUGCAAUUGCCGCGGAAUGCCUAACGAAUAGGCAAGCUCAGGAAGAAGUACUGCACAUCAUCGAUAAAAUCAUCAAGGAGACGGGAUGGCAAGUUGGAUUCCUGCACCGCGAACUUAUGGAGAAAUGGGUAUGGAACAACAGCAACUCUCCCGCGCAACAUCAACAACAACAGCAGCAAUCGUCCACCUCUACAUCAACCGGUGGGCCAUCGGCACCAUCAUUACUUUCCUCCUCACUUUUAAACUCUGGCUCACCUAACCCCCCCACCGCAACUGCAAGUGGCGGCGGAGGGGGUCAAGGGCCGUCCCGUCCCCGGUUGCCGCAAGGAAUUGUGAACCCGCUCAUGGCGACGGCGGACUUUUCAUACGAGGAUCAUCCGUACCAAAGCCAUUAUGUUGCACCGCACAACCCUACUCAGAUUGGGAGUUAUCAGCAUUAUGAGUCUUACUGA